AUGAGUAAGCAACAAGUUGUUCGAGAAAUUCAUCGCCAUGCGCAGAAGAAUUUUCAACGUCGUAAGAUUACGAUGUAUGGGAUCGCCGACACCCUGCAGGCUGAUCUCAUUGAAAUGCAGCCAUAUGCACAAGAGAAUCGAGGUCAUAGAUACAUUUUAAUCGUUAUCGAUGUAUUCUCAAAGAUGGCAUAUGCCGAACCGUUGUUGAAUAAAACCGGGUCCGAGACCGCACGCGCGAUGGAUCGUAUUCUUCAAAAAGUUAGGCUGCAGCAUCAUAAGGUCAACAACCUGCAUACAGAUGAAGGCUCCGAAUUUUAUUGUCAACCAAUGAGGCAGUUACUUCAAAAGUAUAAUAUAAAUCACUACUCAACAUUCAGCUUAAUGAAGGCCUGUGUGGUCGAAAGAUUAAUUCGUACAAUAAAACGGAGGCUGUAUAUGCAGUUCAGCCUGCAGGGCAAUUAUCGAUGGCUUAAAAUCUUACAGCAAGUUAUUGACAGCUACAACGAUACAUGGUAA